AUGACACAUGAAGAAAUGGAACAAGAGGCAUACAGUCAAGAGGAUCAUCAGGUUGCCUAUAUUUUUGACCCUGAAGACGAUGGGACGCAGAAGAAGUCCGCCAAACGCAAAAGAGUGUCAAGGCAAGCUCAGAAAGACGAAGAAUUUAUCAAAGACUCAUCGCCCUUCGUGCCUCUGCUCAAUGGAGCCGAGAAGCCUGAGUUUGUCCAGUUAAGGGAGACCCUGUUUCAGGAGAGCUGGACCAAGGUUGAUGAACGCAUCCAGGAAAUUCUCAAAACUUCGAAUUUGGAAACUCUCCACGAAGUCAGCGAUUUCGUCAAGGAUGCAGUGACAGACUCUGGGGAUAGGGUCCCAUCAGCUUUCAUCAUCACCGGACCCAACAUUGCUUCACAGGACCUUCUCUUUCAGCAGCUAUCAGAGACACUUCAACAAACCACGCCAAGCAAGUUUGUCGGUCUGCGGUCCUCGGAAGCAUCAACUCUCAAAGCGACAUUGAAGAAGGUUAUUCGAGAUGUCACCGCCAAAGUCUCAGAUGAUGAGGACGAUGAUCUCCAAGUUGGGGAUGGCCGUGAGGGACGACGAUAUCUCGACUAUGAUCUUGAGGCCUUGCACGCAUCCAUCAAGUCACAGAACUGCGAGCAUGUCUUUGUUGCAUUUCAAGACAGCGAAGGCUUCGACAGCAGUCUGUUGUCCGAGUUGAUCAUUCUCUUCAACUCUUGGCGUCCACGUAUCCCCUUUACUCUCCUCUUUGGUAUCGCCACAUCAGUUGAGCUCCUCCAAGCUAGGUUGCUCAAGGCUGCAUGCCAGCAGAUUUACGGAGCACAAUUCGACGUGAUCCAGACCUCGGCAAUUCUUGAGACCGUCUUCAAAGCCGCCGUGGCAGCGUCGGAUACUCCUGUGUUAAUGGGCACGUCGCUUCUUCACAGCAUGUUGGACCGACAACAUGACCAGGUCUCAGGCAUCCAAACUUUUACCAUGUCCUUGAAGUACGCUUACAUGUGUCACUUUUACGCGAAUCCUCUAAGUGUUCUUUCCCAUGCGACAUCUUUCCAAGCAGAGCACAUUGAAGCAAUUCGACACACGAACUCUUUCAGAGAAAAUGUUGAGAGGGCAGUAGAGACUGGAGUAUUGGAUAACGUACAAUAUGCCAAGGAUCUACUCGAAAAUAAUGACUUCCUUGUCUCGCAAGUUCAAAAUAGCCUUACCUCUCGACAAGAGCAUAUCGAAAACUUCUUACGGGCACUGCUUAUUCUCAGGGAAGCAGAAGCCCAGGAUAUUGAGCUUUCAAGAGCUUAUGUUGAGGCUAUGGACGAGGGCAUCUCAAUAACAGAAAGCUCGAGGGCUGUCGAUUCGGUACAACGCAUGGAUGCCAACGAGUUGCUGGCUCUGCUUCGUAAGGCGAUCGCAAUUUUGCGAAACGGAGAGGUUGAUCUGCUACUCGGCCCAGCAACAAAGCAGACAGACAUCAACUUUCAAAAUGCACUAUCAAGGCAACUCAUGAGCUUGGAACAGCUACAUGCAAAGGCACAAACAGAGGGCAUCACGCUACGAAGCAAGUAUAGUGGCCAGAGCAAGAUUGUACGAACCACUGUCAUUGCACAAAGGGUUCAACUUAGCCACGAUUCAGCGGCACUUACAGAGGAGGACAUGCAGCUUACUCAGAUUGUUAACGACGUCACAGCGUUGCUUAUCGAGCAUGUUCAGGCUCCCAAGCCCGGCUCUCUUUUGUUGUCGGAAAGCUGGCUAUACGAUUCUCGAGCGCCAUCGCGGGAUGUAUUUGUGCCUCGCCCGCGGACCAUCUUGGAGCGCAGCCUCUCAAGACCCCACGAUUACCUGUCAUGUUCAUGCUGUAAGCCAGGGGAUGGAGAAACCCCAGCAACGUUACCAGCCACUGCGCUUUUAUACCGCCUAUACACGGAGACUGGAAGCCUCAUCAACGUGGCAGAUUUAUGGGCUGCGUUUUCCGCACUGAUCAGCAACGAGGAAGCGGACGAACGCAAGUCGCUGGUCCUGUUCUACCGUGCGCUGGCAGAGCUGAGGGCUUUGGGAUUUGUCAAAGCAAGCAAGAAGAAAGCGGACCAUAUUGCCAAGCUGAAGUGGCUCUAA